GGCGCGCCGACAAAUCGGAAAAUGGGUUCGACGGCGAAAUCAUCGGAAAUAGUGAGGAAAUUGAAGCUGCAGCCCCAUCCAGAGGGCGGAUUUUACUACGAGACUGUCAGGGACUUCUCCAUCGUCCUCUCCAAAUCCAAUCUUCAUCUUCCCCCUCACUAUAAGGUCGAUCGACCAAUUAGUACUUCCAUAUAUUUCUUGUUGCCUUCGGGGAGUGUUUCUCAUCUUCACCGAAUUCCGUGUGCUGAAAUUUGGCAUUUUUACUAUGGACAACCUUUGACGGUCAUCGAGCUAGACGAAGACAAUGGAAAUGUUCAAUUGACCACUCUUGGACCCGAUCCGCUUGCUUCUAAUCAAGUUAUGCAAUACGCCGUGCGCCCAUACAUCUGGUUUGGCGCGUUCCCCACCAACGAUUUUGUUGAUGUUAGAACUGGCGAGAGGGUCUCGAGGGAUCCCGAGACAAACUUUUCUCUCGUGGGAUGCACGUGCGCGCCGGCAUUUCAGUUUGAGGAUUUUGAGUUGGCUAAACGAGCCGAGCUAGUGCGACUAUUUCCCAGGUAUGAAAAGCUUAUCUCUAUCCUCACUUUUCCUUAAUGAAUUCUUGUGGUUUUAUGGUUGGGAUAACUUAUAGGUUGGAUAUGUCUUUUUGAGUAUUCUUGAAUGUAAGGUGAGUUUGGUUUGUGUUUGUAUUUAUAUGUAACGGUUUGAUGUUAUGUGAUGUUUUGUAAGAGAAAAUAAUAUAUUUUUGCUGAGAAUGCGAAAAAUUAUGUAAUAAGAAAAUGAAGAGAAGCUAUUGAAGAAGUAAAAUUGGUUUAUGUUUU